AUGCCGCUUCACUCACGUUGGUCCAUCGCUGCGGCCGUGGUGUGCCUGCUUGUGCUGGCAGGGUUUGUCAAUAGCCAACAGGGGCCUCUCCGCUCCGCCAUUCUUCUCGACCUUCGCCAGACAAAAAUGACGAAUACUUCACUGCAGGCAGCUAUCGAUAAGUACAUUAACUCCAGUGUGGAUAUUUCCAAGAUGUUUUCUCAAAGGCCCUUCAUUCUUGAUUCAAAUGGUAGUUUACUCUCCGCCCUGGGACAAUUGGAACAGCUUUUUUUUCAUGAAGAGAAAUUUAUCGAUGUUUUGUUUCUUGUAGAAACUGCCGACAUCUCGGUUGGUGUUGUUGAUGCUUUAAGACGGAACGAAAAAACUGCUGAUCUCACAAUUCUCUCAGCACACACAUCAAACCCUAAAUUGUGUGAUGUUGAAACCAAUCCAAACACGGUAUGCGUUGUGCCGCAAGAUAUCGUCAAUUUGCGUGGUGUGUUAGAAACUGUCUCUUCUGAGCUAGCAUGGUACUCCGUUGCCGUUGUGUUCAGCAGUGAUGCGUACGGGACAGGGGUGGAGUCUGUUUUGGAUAGCCAAAUCUCCUUUGCGCGUUCGGCCCCAACAGUUGUCACGAAAGUGUUUAUAAAAGUUAGUGGUACUUCUGACGAUGAUGACAAUGUCAUCCGUAAGGUGUUGGAAUAUCGUCCGGCCGGUGUUCUUUGUUUUGUGAAGGAAGACGAGUUCAUGCGUCUUCGUGCUGCUGUUGUACGUCUUGGAAAACAGGAUGAGCUCUUCUUACUUGGCUCACGCGAGGCAGUCAACGUGCUUGCAUUUUUACAAGGCUCUUUUCAACCACUUGUGAAGCUUUGGGGUGCGCUUUUUGUGUCGCAGUAUACAUCCGUAGUGAAUCUUGUCAAGCAGGGCUAUUUUGAUCUCCAACAGCUUGACGACUACGGUGCGUAUGUUGUGAGUCACCUAUUUGACGCAAUGCAGGCCGUGACACUGGCUGGUAACAUCUCAUCUGCAUCCAUCCGGUCAGUGCGCUUUGAUGGCUUGACGGGCACUGUUGCCUUUAACGCGAUAACAGGACAGCGCGAAGGGAUUGUCUAUUCUCUGCUUUCUAAGACUUACACGGCUGACCAUCCACUUGUUACAUGGAGUUGGAAUUCAAGUACAUCCCAACCCGUCAUCACAAACCUUAACCCGACAGCAACAAGAGCCAUCAUUUUGCCGUCGCCUCUGCGUGCAGUGACAGUAUGCUUGGCUGCUGCGAGAAGCUGUUCCGAAGCGGAAUCUCUUAACGCCAUGGCGUAUGUGUUUCUUCGUCAUAAUCAGAAGACGAGCUCUAUACACGGGGCAACGAGUUUCAUUCCUCUGGUGAUUAAUACGGGAGUGAGCGGUGUGGAGGGGUUGGUUUCAUUGAUCCCUGUAGCGCGUGCAUGUUCAGUUCUUCUGGGGCCCGGACGCGGUCGUGUGGCGUUGGCGCUUACACCGGUGGUGAACCAAUUUGCCCUCACGCAAAUUGACUUCAAUACGGCAGAGGGAGUCUUUGCGGACCGUUUGGCGUACCCGUAUUUUUCCCGCUCCACACCAACAGACUCAUUUAAUUAUUUGGUCUUUGGGGACGUGUGCGCUUACUUUGCGUGGGAACGGGUGCUCAUUUUGGGAUUAAAUGACCAGUUUGGGAAUGCCCGUCUGGAAUCGAUGCAAAAAUCGAUGCGUCAGAGGAAUAUUCACCUGGAGCGUACCCAUAUGAUCGCAAGCAUAGACAAGGAACAACUCGUGAACGCCAUGGAGGCCAUUUACAAGAAGGAUAUUUCACGCAUUGUUAUUGUUCUUUUGCCACUCUACGGUGAGGAUGCCAAUAUGUUCUUUGAACUUUUUACGGAGUUAAGUUAUAUGAAAAAAUACAUCUUCUUUUUAGGGAAAGAGCUUUGUCAAUAUGCCGCGUCACACCCAGAGGAACGUGAGAAAGCCCAAAGUUCCCUGUGUAUAUUUCCAUACGUUGAGCCGCAACGGUUGGAAGCCAUCAACAAUGAAUCUGCACAUAGUGGUCUAUACAAUAAUCAGGUGCGGAUUUUGUCGCAAGGCGGAUUUGCCGCGGAAGAAACUUAUUGCAAUCUCACCACCAUUCGUCAUGGGGCGGCGUUUGCAAUUGACGCCGCGUACACAGUUAUUGACAGCGUUGAUCGAGCCGUGAAUGCGGGGGUGAGUCUCAACCUUAGUGCUAACAUUAUGCCUUUUGUUCGGUCCACCUCAAUAGAUGGCUUUACGGGGAUGUUUACUAUUGACAAGGCGGGGAAUCGUGACUUGGCGCCGUUUGGUGUUGAUAUUCAAAUGGUAAAUCGUACUCUUUACCUUGGAAUGUGGAGUAGCAACCAAACAUCACCGUUUCGUUACACAGCCACUGAGCCUAUUGUCUGGAUGACGGGCAGUAGAGAGACUCCGGCGGACACCUUCCGUGAUAUCCAAUUCAUCCUAGGCACAACUGUCUCGGCAAGCCCGGGUACCAUUGUUCUCUCGGUGUUGGGCUUUGUUGGCACCAUCGCCGUCUUUGCCUUUUGUUAUCGUCACUACAAGUUGCAAAAACUUGUGGAGCUUAGCCUUCAGAGCAAUCGCGUCCCCGUCACGGAGGAUGAGAUGCGGCGGCUGCGGGGCACGCGAUCGCUUGGGUCCGACUUGUAG